UACGUCCUCACGUGACGUCAUAUCGUGUGACAACACAUUUUGUGACGACAUAUCUUCUACGUCUGCUGUUUCUAAUCAGCGCUCACUGUAGCUUAUGGCACUUCGAGAGGAUGCGUGUUAGCCCGGCUCUGCUGGUCCUAUAUAUAGCAGUCAGUUACCAUCACGUGACUCCCAUCAACCCAGCCAAUCAGCACUGUGUUAGCGAUCCUUAUCAUGCAACAUUCAAUUGUUUAAAUUAUGAGAGUACUUAUCAUUUAACGAGAGCCUGCGACUGUGUGGUGUACCAGAGCUACGGCCUCAGCAAAGGUUGCUUCCAAUCGCCCAACCACCCCGAGUUCUACCCACCCAACAUCAACUGCAUCUUGUACUCUUUCAUCGGGGACUCGUUCGAGUUCAUCGAGCUACAGUUCAUCGCCUUCGACUUGAAAAUGCCAGACCCCAGUGGGAGAUGCAACGAUUUUUUACGGAUCUACCAAAACCUGGAGCGACCGGAAGUGAACGAACACAGCGUGCACGACCUGGAGUUCUGCGGGGGGUACGGCUCCAUCCAGAACACGGUCUACAGUGCCGGCAGGAGCAUGGUGCUAGAGUUCCAUUCCGACUUCCGGUUAGGGAGGCCGGGAAAUUAUACCGGAUUUAAGGGCAAUUUCCAGUUUCUGGACAAAAGAAACUACACGACCACAGGGACGAGGGUGGACGACAGGAGCUGUGUCUACGACUUCCACAGCAACAGCUCCCACACCAGCGGCCGGUUCUUCUCCCCCUUCUACCCACAGAACUACCGGCCAAACACGGCCUGCCGGUACCGGUUCUUUGGUCAGCAGGGCGAGAUCGUCAAAAUCGUCUUCACCAACAUCCAACUCCACCACAUAGAUACAAGCUCUCAUUACUACAGUUGUCUAGACAGCCCUGACGUCAUCACGGUGUAUGACGGCAUGGACGAGAAAGCGGCCAUUUUGGCCACAUACUGUGACGUCCAUAACUCUGAAGAGGUCAUCUCUCAGAACAACCUCGCCGUUGUGGCCUUCAAGUCGGACGAUCAUUACGAGAAGCAAGGUUUUGCAGCUACAUAUGUAUUUCAAAAUAGAACACCAGGUACAAGAAUACCCAAGUUUCACAAAUCUACAAACUAUUCAUAUCCACCAUGCAAUGAGAACCACGAGAGCCGUAACAACAAGUCCGGCACCAUCUCCAGUCCCAACUACCCCGAGCCCUACAGCAAGGACAUCCGGUGUGAGUACAACUUCACCGGAAGUGGCAGGGAACGGAUCCAGCUCAAAUUCCUGCACAUGGAUCUACAGUACCCUCGGGGUGAUCCCACCACAGUGGUAGAGUGUACGACCUCUGACGACGCCGUGACCGUGUACGUGAUGAUCAACGGUCAGAAGGAGAAACUCAACACCUGGUGUGGCCGCAAGUUGCCGCCCAUGUUGAUGUCCAGCCAACACAGCAUGAUCGUGGAGUUCAGAAGUACCAGCUCAGAGAAGACUGUCACUGGCUUUCUGGCACAGUACAGCUUCGUCAGCAAUUUUGGCAUACUAGAGGGACAGCAGGAUAAUAGGGGGACCUGCUCCUUCAACUACCAAAGUUCAGUCAAGCAGAGCGGGGAGAUCAUGUCACCCAACUAUAACGGCCUCUACCCCCGGAACACUGAGUGCCACUACCUCUUCUACGGCAGAGGAAACGAGAGAGUGCACAUCGUCUUCGUGGAGUUCGACGUGGACGGGAUGACCCCUAGAUGUGAAGAAAGCACAGAAAGUGACUACGUGUCUUUCUCCAAUUUUGCCGAGUCAGAAGACCGAAAAAUGACCCGUUUCUGUGGCACCAACUCUGGUGAUACUAGAGAAAUCUGGUCAGAUGGUCCAUUUUUUAGGGUCAUUUUCAAGUCCAACGAAAUAUACGAUUCAACAGGAUUCCUCGCCCAUUACCAGUUCAAAGCUGAAGAAGUGGAAGAGCCAGGCAAUCCGGACCCUGAACAGAAGAGAACGGUUGGCAAUAGCGACAGGGCAGGCUACUCUCACACAAUGCCGGUUACCUCCCUCAUUCUGGCCUGUUUAUCGUUGUGUUGGAUUCAACAGAUAUCAUUAUUAUAGUAAUUAAUUAAUCUCAAUUUUAAGUAUGAUAUUUAUAUCAUGAAUGUUCAGAAAUGUCUGCACUUUAAAAAUAUUUUUUUCCUGCAAUCACGAUUUUUAUACUGCUAAAAUUAUUUAUUAGUAUGUAUUAAUGAAUGACAAAUUACUGCAAUUGUGAUAUUUGUUAAUUAUUAAAUUAAUUAAUUAAAUAAUUUUUCUGAAGAUGCACACAUGAAUCGAAAGAAAUGUCCUCAAAUCAAGUUGGGGUGAUUGAUUCUACCCCAACUUUUUGUGUAUGUCAAACUGAAACUGUAAAUAAAUGUACGCCUAAAACCCUGGUAAAUACUAACCUUGUUCUUCACACUGAGACUUUGUUGUUUCAUGUUGAAAAUGAUUUGUGGAACAAAAGAUUUUAUUUUAUUGUGCUUUUGUUUAGACCUCUGUCCAGGCUGUUCUACUAUUAUUGAGAGAUUUUAAGCCUUGCAAGUGAGCUGAAAGAAUGAAACUAUGCUAAGUUGAGAGUUAAAAUAUUUUAUCUUUUUUAUUUUAUUUUGUAAAUAGCCUGGGCAGUUUUCUAAAUUGAAACAAAAAUUGAUUGAUGAAUCCCGGUAGAUGUUAAAUGUAUUAGAUUUUUCAUCUAGAACAGAGGUUCUCAACCUGUAGGUUGUAGAAGCUAUGAGCUAAAACUAAAUAGAUAUAGAAGCUGCUUGUGUAGAGAGAAGAGCUCUAAUGUUUUUUCUUUACUGCUAUCAUGACACAAAGGAUGUGGAACAAAAUGUAAAAGUAGUUUUAUGCCUCCUUUUGAACCCCUAAGGUAGGCUACUCUAAGGCUAUAGUGCCUCAUUGGGAUAGUUUGGGAUCCACUAAGGUCAGGGCCACGUAGGGAUAAUUUGGGAUCCACUAGUCAGGUCCACGUAGGGAUAGUUUGGGAUCCACUAUUUGGAUCUUUGAAUAACUUUAAAUCAAAUUGUAUAAAAUUAAUAUAGCACACUCAAUGUAAAAAUGCUUUUCUAUGAAAAAGAUUAAAACUAGCCCUAAAUUGUUUACUUUCUUCAGUCUGUAGAUGUU